AUGGAGUCCCAAUUCACUUUCAUAGACCAAGAAGAGAAAGACAUUGACUUGAUGCAAGAUCAAAAAAAAUUAAUAAUGCAGAUUCUCAAUCUGCAAGAACCAUCCACUGAUGAAGAAUACGAACAAAGGAAUGGCUACGACUCUCUUGGGCUAGACGAGGAGAUCAUGAUUAAUGGCGUUGGUGUGCCAAGAGAAAUAUUCUCGCUAAAAGCUCUGGUGAUUGACGAGCCAACACAGAGAAUGCUCUCAACUAUUACCAAAAUGACUGAUAUUAGGGAUAGUAACGUUACACUUCAUUCUAAGAUUACAGCCAAGAGAGAUAGCGUCGUUGAUACCCCUGUUAUAUACCUUAUAGAACCCACUGAAGAGAAUAUCGAGUUGGUCGUUCAAGAUGCGGAAAGGGCUCUUUAUGAUUUUAUGUUCUUCUAUUUCACUAGACCUGCACCAGGGCCAGCCCUGGAGAAUCUUGCCUGCAAGUUAGCCAGAAUUGGAGCAGCAGAUAAGGUUAUGAAAGUCCAAGAUAAUUACCUCUCAUUCUUUUGCCAUACUCAGAACUGAUUUACGAUUUAUCACGAGAAUGCUCAAAUCCAAGCUCUUUUAAAUUCUGAGACAAGCAGCGCGAUUGACGCUGAAGUUGAGAAUAUUGUACAUGGCAUUUUUGGAGUCUUCGAAGCUACCAAUUUUUACCCAAUCAUCAGAUUCAGGAAGGGAGAAAUCUCUGAAACUAUUGCUUAUGAGCUCAAUGCGUUGUUUCAAGAAAAAGCCGAGAAGGAUGAGUCAUAUGAGUUCAAAAGGCAACCUCGAAAGAAGAAGAGAUGCUUGCUCCUCAUAUUCAAUAGGGAUGUUGACUGGUCUAUCAUGUACAGGCAUUCGUGGAGUUAUCUUCCUCUCAUCCAUGACAUUAUUGGAAUCAAGGCAAAUCAGAUUCAGAUCCAAGAGGAAGGAAAAGACAAAAGUUUCGAUCUUGAUUUUAUGCAUGAUUCCAUCCUCAAAGAAUAUGCUCUCAAGGACACUCCUGAGCUUGGAGAGAGUAUCGAGAAGAAGCUUCAGGACUGGAAGGUAAAGUAUGAUGAGAUUAACAAAAAGUCGCAAUCGAAGGAGGUCUCUCAGAUCUUCUCCAAUCUCAACUCUGCAAUUGACUCGUUACCUAAGAUGAAGCAAGAAAAAGAAAAAAUAGAGGCUCACUCCAGUAUUUGAACUAUUUUGUAUGAUGCCGUGAAGCAAAGGGAUAUAGACUCUUAUGACUCUCUUGAGGAUGAAAUUAUUACCAAGAGUCAUUUGUCCUCCAAAGCUCGAAAGGAGAUGGAAGAAAUCCUGUUUAACAUCAACACUUGCCUCAAGUCAGGCCUUGACCGGCUCAGACUGCUCUGCAUCUAUAUUAUUGCUACAAACCCAGAGAAGGGACAGGUCCAAUCCAAAAUCCAGAAAUUGAGGGAGCUUUGACCUGAGACUAACUUCGAUAUGGCAUUAAAAAUUUGGCAAAAGCAGAACCCAGACAAAGAUAUUGGAGAUGAAAACAUCAGCAGCCAAGUUGUUGAGGAAGAAAAAUCUAUUUUUAGCGGUUUUGGGCUUAGCCUUAAAAACAAAGGCAAAAGUUUGCUAGGAAAUGUGAGGAAUCUAGUCGAGAAUCCUUCUUCAGACUCUAUGAUUGCCAAUCUGGUUAGCCAGUAUUAUGAUAAUAAGGGAGAAGGAAAGGAAUACGAGAAUGAUUCUUAUAUUGAUACGGUGAUGAACCGGGAGUUGAAUAGCUCAAGAGCUAAUAUGCUCAUUUUUGAUUCUCAGAACUGCAACAGUCUGAUGACGUAUGUAACAGGAGGAGGCAGCUAUUAUGAGUAUCAAAGAGUCACUGAGCUGCAAGAGAAAAUUAAUAAGAAGGUGAUUUAUGGAUGAGACUAUAUCUACUCGCCAGAGGAGUUCUGAUCCAAAACUUCAUAA